AUGCUAGUGUGGAAUGUAAGAGGUUUGGGUAGAUCGAGGAGGAGGUUGAAAGGUUUAGUUAGACGUCACAGAGUUGCUAUUGUAGCUAUUGUUGAGCCGUUCUUAGAGGAUACCCGGAUAUCCCAACUAGCUAAUGAGAUGCUGCUCCUUAAUUGUUGCUGUAAUGGCGAGGUGGGAGGUAAACUAUGGUGUACUCAAAAUGAACGUAGGACGUUGUGGCAAGAUUUGGAGGAUUUACAGCUUGAGGAUCACUCUUGGAUUGUUGUGGGGAAUUUUAAUGUGUUUAGAGAGUAUGGGGAGAGGAUUAGAGGUAAUCCUCGACCAAUUGGAGCCAUGGAUGAGUUCAAUUCUUGCUUGAAUAAUUGUGGACUCAUGGAAAUGUCUUUUAAUGGGAGGAGGUUCUCAUUGUGUAAUGGUCACGAAGAGUAUUUAAUGAGGAAGUCAUCAGAUCAUAGUCCUAUGGUUAUCAAAUUUGACAAAUUGGAGGUGUGGGUUGAGCCGGUAUAUGCCAAGGGCCUUUUGAAGCUUGCAGCCAAACUGAAAAAAACAAAGAUAGCUCUUAGAGCAUGGAAUACGCAGGUUUUUAGGCAUGUAGAUCAGAAUAUUAAGGAGCUUGAGGAACAUUUGGAGGUCCUAGAAAAUCAAAUGCUAUGUGAUUUUGACCCGAGCAUUCAAGCGGUCUAUCUUCUCACCAAGCUAGAACUGGAAAUAUGGGAACAAAGGGAGGAGACUAGAUUGGCGCAACAAGCAAAAACAUCUUGGCUUAAAGAGAGGGACCAAAAUUCCAAAUUUUUUCAUGCGGUGGUAAAGCAAAGAAGGAAGAAUUCUGUGAUUUCUAAAAUGAAUCUUGUAGUUGGGAGUGUGUUAAACUUACCAGAGAGCAUUCAUCUAGCGGCAACUUCUUACUUUUAG